UGGCCUGCCGCCGCUUACGUGGACACGAUGAACUUGUUUGGACGGAAGGCGCCGGCGCCGGUGCGGACAAGCCCUGCUGACACUGCUGAGACGAUCCGCAAGAUCAGGGAACAGCUCGACACACUCGAGAAGCGAGAGGCUCACAUCGAGAAGAAGAUGGAGCUGCAGUUAGAAGAAGCGAAAAAGAAGUCGGCUGCAAAGGACAAGCGCGGCGCUAUCUUUUGCCUCAAGCGCAAGAAGAUGUACGAAUCGGAGAUCGAAAAACUACAGGGCGCGCGCAUGACGUUGGAAACACAAGUCAUGACGCUUGAGUCGACGCAGGUCAAUAUGGCGACAUUUACCGCACUUCGCAGUGGGGCGAAUCAAAUGAAGGCGAUCCAUGGCCAAAUGAAUGUGGAUUCCGUCGACGACAUCAUGGACGACAUCCAGGAGGAAAUGGCCACUGCAGAUGAAAUCGGUCGUGCGAUUUCCCAACCCCUCGGCAACGCCUUGUACGACGAAGACGAACUGGAACAGCAACUGCGGGAAUUGGACGACUUGGCCAUGGAAGAACAGUUGGCUACUCCGUCUCCCGUCGCUGCACCCGUCCAAGCGAGACCACAACCCGCGCAGGCGGCGCCUGCCCAGCAACCUGCGCAAGCCAUGUUCAACUUGCCUGAAGUCCCCACCCAUGCUGUCUCUCAGGUCAAAGUCACCGGGAAAGCUGACGCCGACGAACUCGAAGAACUACGUCGACUUGAAGCGUCCAUGGCGAUGUAAUGAUCCUAACGGGACACAUAUUUGCUAAAAGUUGCGCGUUAUCUCUUGUCG